AAAAAAUAUAUUAUAUUUUUAAGUUUUUAUCCCAAUGAUCCGGCUGAAAACCUGUUUAGAUACCUCGGGUUCAACCUUGGGUUAUCCUGUAGCCUGGAGGGUUAACCGAAUGAUUUCAUGUUCUUCAAAGAACCAACCUUCAUAAAUCACGCGAUUCCUGGGAAAUCAUGGAGGUAAAAGCAUCAUCUCCCACAGAUGUUGUUAUCGAGGAAUUCAACAAGACAAAGAAAGACUGGGACGAUGGGUAUGUUCAAACCCUAGACCACAUUCACGCCAUCGAAAACUACGGGAAAUCAAGAUCCACCGCCACCGGUGACGUUGCCAAGAAAGAUUCUUUGCCCAGAUUGAACGGCCUUGCUCAAGACGGACUCUCUUUGCUGACUACGGCACAAUUCAAUCUUGAUCUUUUGGUCCCUCAACUUCCUACAGAUGAUCAUAUUCAAAAUGCCCGAAUGUUGCUUCUCUCAUGGAGCAAACAAAUUCAAAGUCUGCGAUCAAGUUUGAGACAUGCUAAUCUGCAAGCAAAAUCUAAUAUGAGGAAAGCUGCGAAAGAGGAGAGGGAGCUUCUCUUGGGUGGUGGAGAAGAGUCAACAGUUAGAAGGCGUAAUUUACAGACAAAAGCUGGAAUGACAUCAGCAGCAGAAAGCAUUACAGAAAGCCUUCGUAGGACUCGACAGUUAAUGGUUCAGGAGGUUGAACGAAGUGGAAACACACUCAUGGCUUUUGAGGAAUCAACAGGAGUGUUAAAGAAAGCAGAAAGUGAAUACAAAGGUCAUCGAUCACUACUAAUGAGAACGCGUAACUUGCUUUCAACAAUGAAACGCCAAGAUGUUAUUGACAAGAUUAUAGGUAUUGUGGGAGCGGUGAUUUUCUUGUUAGUUGUUCUUUAUGUUGUUUCAAAGAGAAUUGGAAUACUAAAGUUGAAAAACAUAGCUCUUGCUUCGAUAAAAGCUGCUAUGGCUAAUAAAGCGGAAAUUGUUGAGAGGGCAGAUGUAGGUGGUGCUAUGAACCACAUGGGUCGGGUCAAUGGACAUGUGGGCCCGAAUGUUGACUUUAACUUGGAACAACCGAUGAUGCAUGAUGAACUUUGAAUAUUUAAAUUGCAUAUAUUUUUGUUACUCUUUUGUUUAUGAUAUGAGAUGUUGACUUUUUGGGGUCAAACACACUAAUUUCUUUUUAGUUUGGUUAUGUAUAGAUUGUUAUGUUUUUUUCUUUUUCUAUUUUGUUAUAAUUUUUUGAUUUUGAAAUUGAUAUGCUGAUUAUUGACUCUAUAAAGUAAUUAUUGG